GCAACAGUUUUGGGAAAAAAAAGAGCGAGUUAGUUCUCUAAAGAAUAUCUCUAAAUUCAAGAAAAUGCCGAUUUCAAGGAUUGCAGUUGGAAGGCCAGUUGAGGUGAGCCAGCCGGACGUACUCAGAGCGGCUCUUGCAGAGUUCUUCUCUAUGCUAAUCUUUGUCUUUGCCGGUGAAGGGUCUGGGAUGGCUUUCAACAAGUUAACUGAUAAUGGGUCAGCAACACCGACAGGCCUUGUGGCUGCAUCAUUGGCUCAUGCAUUUGCACUGUUUGUAGCGGUUUCUGUAGGGGCUAACAUUUCUGGGGGCCACGUGAACCCUGCCGUGACCUUUGGUGCAUUUAUUGGUGGCAAUAUUACCUUGCUGAGGGGCAUCUUCUAUUGGAUUGCACAAUUGCUUGGAUCAGUUGUGGCUUGUUGGCUUCUUAAAUUCGCAACGGGUGGACAAGAAACAUCAGCAUUUUCCCUAUCCUCUAAUGUAUCUGUAUGGAAUGCACUUCUGUUGGAGAUUGUGAUGACCUUUGGCCUGGUCUACACAGUGUAUGCCACAGCAGUUGAUCCAAAGAAGGGAAAUGUUGGCAUUGUUGCACCCAUUGCAAUUGGUUUCAUAGUGGGUGCUAACAUAUUGGCUGGUGGUGCUUUUGAUGGUGCCUCCAUGAACCCGGCUGUGUCAUUUGGUCCUGCUGUGGUUAGCUGGUCAUGGACUCACCACUGGGUCUACUGGGCUGGUCCAUUUAUUGGUGCUGCCAUUGCAGCCAUUGUUUAUGACAAACUUUUCAUUGUAGGUGUAGGUGCUCAUGAGCCACUUUCUACCAAUGAUUUUUAGGAUUUUCUCUUCUUUGAAUCCCUUGUCAAGAUUAAACUUUCUCUUUCUACCUAUGAUUUGUGGAGAGAAUAAAGUGUGAGGCAAAGAAAAUGCAGUUGUCCUUAUGGUAGAAGAACUAGGGAUCGAUUGAAUUUGGAUUUUGAUUUCCUUAAUUUUCUUAAUCGCUUACUUGUUUGUACUUUUGUUUGCAGUUAAAUAAUCUUUAUUUUUUAUG